ACUCGGAGAGUUAAAUAAUUCAGAUAAAAUUAGAAACGCAAAUGUUAAGCCCGCGCUCUCAGGUAUUUAUGCGUGAUGUCGGCAGCACCAGCAGCUUACUGCACAGUCAGCCAAUGAGGUGAUUGAGAUUGUCUGACGGAUAACAGGCUGGCCCUGAAACAUACUUUCCCACAGACAAGAAAAGGAGUCUGAGCUGCAAACAUCACUUUUGGCUUCAGCUUCCCAAAGAGGAAUACCAUCCAAAUCUCCGCCACACAAAAAAAUAUUAAUUUCACAGGAUGAAAAUCACGUUGGAAAUGCACAAACUUUCCACAGUGGCCCUCUGUGUGCUGCUCCUGGCCACACUGUUACCCGGCUCCGAGGCCCGCCGUGGACGUGGAGGUGGUGGGUUCAGCCGAGGAGGAGGAGGCUACAGCCGGGGGUGGGGAGGUCAGCCCUACAGACCACCGCCUGUCCAGAGCAGUGGCCCCAGUGCCGGGAAAGUAGCUGGGGCAGCUGCUGCAGGAGCAAUAGGAGGAUCCAUGCUCGGCUCUGCCUUGAGCCGUCCUGGGUAUGGGUAUGGGUAUGGCGGAGGAUUCGGAGGAUACGGUGGAUAUGGUGGAUAUGGAGGGUAUGGAGGAGGUUAUGGAUACCCACGAUACGGAGGUGGUCACGGCUAUGGCCCCCGCCCUGGCUACGAGCCAGAGGGCUCUGGUGAUGUAGAGUACUACACCGGAGCAUCCAGUGGCCCAAUCUACAACAGCAUCAUUGUUGUCAUUGGCUCCCUAAUGUCCCUGCUCAUGGGCCACUGGGUGGCAUUCAUGUAGCGCUGGAGACGAAGCUGAGAUUUACAAACACACCAGAAAAAACCCUCCUUUCAAAAAUAACCCAACCUACUGUAAAGGGGACAUUUUUAAAGUCAUAGUUCACCUGAAAUUUGAGUUUUCAGAAAUAAAAACCUGUUGCCAAUUUGUUUUAUGGACACUGUGUGUGACCCUGUGUGAGGACAAUAAGAGGAGUUUGACUUAUCAAUGUGACACCAUUACGCUGAAUAUGAAAACACGCGGUCAAAAAUCAUUAUUAAAGUCACGAAAUGUAAUCUGAUUUGAUGUGAUGUUGCUCUCCUGUCCCAUUUUUCACUUCUUUUAAUGUGGCCACUGUUUUUAUACAUAUGGUGAUGACUACAGUCUGUAAAGAUAGAGCAGGAAUUAAUUAGAUCUGUUUUAAGUUAAGUCUACCUCAAGGAACAAUGUCAGGAUUAGAUGUUAAUGUCAUUUUCUAAUUACCAAAUUUAAAUAUUUUUUUUCAUUGUGUUGCGAAAUCAGUUUCACCCCGGUUCUUUUUUUUUUUUUUUUAUUCCUCGGCCAUCCAGAGACGGCACCGGACUCAGUAGUCAUUUUCACAAAAACCUUUAUUCCUCUUGUUAAGCAUGCAUCUUCUAGAAGGGGAGACGUGGAAGGCCGGUGUCCCUCUGCAGAUCUUCCACUCCUUUGUUUGUUACAGUCAGCUUUAUAGAAGUGACCCCAUCAUAAAACCCCCAUGGUGUGCUGCAAACUCUGUGUCUGUGUGUGUAUGCACGAGCACGUGAGUGUCUGUGUGUGCGCGUACCCGUGUGUCUAUGUGAGUGCACGUACUCGUGUGUAUGUGUGAGUGCAUGUGAGUGAGUGUGCAUGUAGGUGUGGGUGCGUCGUAACAGUCAAAGCACUGUGUGUGUCUCUGUGUAAAUUCCUCUACACAACAUAGAAAACAGAGUUAACAUAUUACAAACACUGAGACCCCCACUCUGCAUCCACUGGGCCAUUGGCCUCUUGUUGUCUUACAUUUACAUUUAAGGUGGAGAGUCUCCUGCAAGCCUACUUCUAAGUUUAUAACAAUUAUGAGUUUUUAUUAAAGGUACAAGCAUCAGCAACCCCCAACUGUAGCUUCCUGUCUCCUUUUAUGACAGCAGACCCUCAGUGUCAAUAAAUUCCUUUCCCUCUAAACAAUUGCACACACUCUCAGGCUACAGCUAAGCCAAACUGAAACACAGACAAAUCCUUCCUUAUUCCUCUGAUCUAAACAAAUUUAACACAUACUAUAAUAAUUAUUUUCUUGUACUCACAAUUGUUACAUAAUUUUGCCUAUGCUGUAUAUUGUGUAUAGGUUAUAUUUUUAAGUAUUGCUUUCGUUGACAUAUUUGCAUAAUUAAAUGUUUUAUGAUCAUUUGUAGAUUUUUAUUAAAGAAUGUUCUUUAAUAUUUAAAACUGUUAUGAAUGUAAAAUAAAUGUGUGAUAUAGCUUCGUGUUGACAUUUAUUCUCCAUGCUAACCGCAUCAUUUUAGAUUAUUUUAGAUUAUUAUUAAGCCUUAGGAACCUUUGUAAUCCUUUUCAGACUGACGUCACUGACUUUGUUUCUCAUUUGUUCUUGGGUUUCUUUAGAUUGUGAUAUGAAGCAUUGUGUUAUGAGGGCAAUAAUCGGGGCUAAGUGUGGCUAGUGAAACUGAACUAAGCUUUCCAAAAAAAAUGUGGUUAAUCAAAGUUAAUUUAUAAUCUAACAAGAAGAGGCAAUUACUUUUUCACACGGUUUCAGGUCGUUUGAACAGCUUUUUUCUUCCUAAUAAAAGAAAUCAUCAUUUACAAACUG